UCGAAUUUUUUAGAGCUGUCGAAUUUUGUGGAACACUACUAAUCGAAUUUUAAGUUUAAGAACUCUCCUUUCUCUGUAAUCCACAGCCAAGGCCUCCAUGGCUUCUUCAAAGUUCUUCCUUAGCUUCUUCUUCCUCGUACUUUGUCUCAGAGUCACCGCCAAAAAAACCUAUAUUGUUCACAUGAAACAUCAAGAAAAACCUCUCUCUUUUGAAACUCAUCAUGAUUGGUACACUUCCAGCUUGCAAUCACUCUCCGACAGCCCAGCUGACUCCGUUCUCUAUUCCUACACUGCUGGAUUCAAUGGCUUCGCUGCCUCUCUCGAUCCAGAACAAGCUGAAUCUCUUAGCAAAUCAGACUCAGUUCUGGGUGUUUAUGAAGACACCAUUUACACUCUCCAUACUACUCGUACCCCGCAAUUCCUCGGCCUUGACGCAGAGUUGGGGCUCUGGGCUGGCCAUAACACACAGCAACUCGAACAAGCUUCUCGGGAUGUGAUCAUUGGUGUUCUAGACACUGGAGUUUGGCCAGAAUCUAUGAGCUUCGAUGACUCUGACAUGCCUGAGAUUCCUUCAAGGUGGCGUGGCGAGUGUGAAUCAGCUUCUGAUUUUAGUCCCAAGCUUUGCAACAAGAAACUCAUUGGAGCACGAAGCUUUUCCAAAGGUUACCACAUGGCCGCUGGUGGUGGUGGAAUUUACAAGAAACCCAAAGAGAUCGGGUCCCCACGUGACAAAGAUGGUCAUGGCACCCACACUGCCAGCACUGCCGCUGGUUCUCACGUGGCUAACGCUAACCUCCUUGGAUACGCAAGCGGAACUGCUCGUGGGAUGGCAACUCACGCGCGCAUCGCCACCUACAAGGUUUGCUGGGAAACUAGUUGCUUCGAAUCCGACAUUCUCGCCGGUAUGGAUCGUGCCAUCCAAGACGGCGUCGACGUUCUCUCACUCUCCCUCGGCGGUGGAUCCGCACCGUAUUACCGUGACACCAUCGCCAUUGGAGCCUUCACGGCGAUAGAGAAGGGUAUUUUCGUCUCUUGCUCUGCUGGCAACGGCGGACCUACUAAGGCCACUCUUGCCAGCGUGGCACCUUGGCUUAUGACCGUUGGAGCCGGGACUUUAGAUCGAGAUUUCCCGGCUUAUGCCGUUUUAGGAAACAAAAUUCGUUACAACGGCGUCUCGCUUUAUAGCGGUCAAGGAAUGGGAAAGAAACCGGUCGGUUUGGUUUACGAUAAAGGCAACGGUUCCAGGAAUUUAUGUUUGCCCGGUUCUCUCGACCCGGCUUUUGUGCGUGGGAAAAUAGUGGUUUGCGACAGAGGAACGAACGCCCGUGUGGAAAAAGGAGUGGUUGUGCGCGACGCUGGUGGGGUGGGGAUGAUAUUAGCGAAUACGCCGGUGAGUGGUGAUGAACCGGUGGCUGACAGUCACUUGCUACCGGCGGUGGCGGUGGGGAGGAGAGUCGGUGACUUGAUCAGGCAAUACGCACAAUCCGAUCCUAAUCCAACAGCUGUGCUUGUAUUCGGUGGGACCGUCUUGAAUGUGCGUCCUUCACCUAUCGUUGCUGCGUUCAGUUCACGGGGACCCAAUAUGGUGACGCCGCAGAUCUUGAAGCCGGACGUGAUUGGGCCUGGAGUCAACAUAUUGGCUGCAUGGUCAGAGGCUAUUGGGCCUACUGGGUUGGCGAAGGACAGGAGGAAAACCAAGUUCAAUAUCAUGUCAGGAACAUCAAUGUCCUGCCCACAUGUCAGUGGGCUAGCAGCAUUGCUCAAGGCAGCUCAUCCAGAAUGGAGCCCAAGUGCAAUCAAAUCCGCUCUCAUGACCACUGCCUACACCCAGGACAACACCAACUCCUGUCUGAGGGAUGCUGCUGAUUGUUCAUUGUCGAACCCAUGGGCUUAUGGUGCUGGCUAUGUUGACCCCCAGAAAGCCCUUUCUCCAGGACUGGUAUAUGAUAUCUCUACAGAAGAUUACAUAGCAUUCUUGUGCUCACUAGGCUACACCAUUGGUCAUGUCAAGACUAUAGUCAAGCGCCCUAAUAUUACAUGUUCCACGAAAUUCAAAGACCCUGGUGAUCUGAAUUACCCAUCAUUUUCAGUCUUGUUUGGGGACAAAAGGGUUGUUCGAUACACUCGUGAAUUGACGAAUGUAGGCCCUGCAAAGUCCAUAUACGAAGUGACAGUUAAUGGCCCGUCAUCUGUUGGGAUCUCAGUUAAGCCCAGGAUACUCAUCUUUAUGAACGUAGGGGAGAAGAAGAGGUACACAGUGACUUUUGUUGCUAAAAGAGGGACAAGCCCAAUGGCUAAAUCCGAAUUUGGUUCAAUAGUGUGGGGCAAUGCCCAAAACCAAGUUAAGAGCCCAGUUUCUUUCUCAUGGACAUUAUUGUGAGCAUUUGAGCGUUCCAAUUCUGGUUUUGCCAUUAGGAGAAAACCAGUGCAAUUGGCCCUCAUCCAAGGAGAAAAACAACAAUCCAUGGACCCUCCUCUGGUCCUGAAGAAAAGGAAGGAUGGAGAUGGAUAGAGUUUGGAAGUUUGCUUUGUUUGUGUAAUGGAAUGACAUAAUACCAAUUUGAAGAUAAAAACCUUGACUUCUUCAUUUGUUCAUGAACAAAAGUAAUCCUGAUUGCUUUCUUGAUUAGUUGAUGGUAUUAAAAUGAUUCCUUCUUUGCCAACAAGUUCUUUCCAAUGGAGCCCCCAUUGUUGUAAAUGACUCGUUAGCAACUAUUGACAAAUAAGUUCAUGGAGCAUUUGUGGGGCGGAUUCGAUGAACUAGCACACACAACACAAGGAAAAGAAGAGUGGACAAGGAUGGACCCCUAGGAGAUCUUUUUAAGUGCAG